AUGUUGACGCCGGCUUUGAAGGAUGCUAUUGACGCUAUGAUUCCUUCUAUGGUCGAACAUCUAUCAGACGAUAUGAGAAACAUCUCCAUUCGCCACCAGCCUCACACUCGUAAGGAGGAUUCUUCAUCAGAUACCCAAGCAAGUGACAGCGAUGAUGGUUUGGCACCUCAUCCCCGGUGGAAGCGCCCCAGCAAGAGAGGCUCAAAGAAUCAUUUGCAUGUUGCAUUCCGCAGCUAUCUACGAGAGAAAAGGGUACUCAAGGGUAAAAAUGGCUCGCUACCUCAAUCUCCUCCAAUCGAAACCAUUCAACCCUUCAACCACAAUCACGACUGUUGUCCCACCCUAGACGACCUCUCCAUCGACUGGAGCGACUCAUUGAAGAAGUUUUCAUGGAAUACAGAAGUAAUCAACAUCCUAGUUGUAGACUUUCAAUUAAAGAUCAAGAACAGCACCUAUGUGCAAGUUCUUUUCCAUACAGAGGCCAUGAGUCUUGACAAUUUGCACUCAUUGUGUAUCGACAAGCUAUGCCGAACUCAAUUUGAGUGUCGGCAACGUAUGCAGAUUGGCAAAUAUUCCAAUUUGGAGGAGAUGAAUUCUGUGUCUCGUGCAUUGUUAGGACGCAAUGAACAAAGACAAUGCUUAGAUAGGUGCAAUACCCGAAAACAUGGGACUCUUGAGAGACGUAGAAAAAUAGUGUCACAAAAUCGACACCGUAACCCUGACACUUGGGACACAAUCGGGCGCAUUAUCAAUCACUUAGACGUUGAUGGAGUUAGCGGGGAUGAAACGGACACACCAAUCGGGGCGAUACCAAAGGUAGUACGGCGAGUAGGCCUUCCAUGGCUCAAUCCCAACAUCACUCAGUUACUACAUGCUGUGGAAACAUAUGCUCCAGCAACCCAUGAAGAAAAUAUGACCAUUCCGAUUGAAAACUCAUCCCUUCUGCGUAUCUUGGAGCAGAAACGUGCAGCUCAAAAUUCCAUUGCGAUUCAACGGCUUCCACACAACUGGUAUAACGACCACUGGUAUAAAGCUAAUUUGAGUAGUGCCCACGCUCUCCUGGAGACUCGCAAGUCAUUGAUUAUCCCAGCAUUGGAGCACUAUCGUUCUCAGAAACAACCAUAA